AUGAAGGUCUCCUGGCUGGGCGUGGAUGUCUCCCGGGUGCUGCACUUGGCCGCCGUCUUCUGCCUGACCUGCGUGUUGCUGAAGGCCAUCCAGCUCUACCACCGGCGGCGGGAGCUGCUCAGGGCGCUGGCCGACUUCCCCGGCCACCCGACCCACUGGCUCUUCGGCCACGUCCACGAGUUUCUCAAGGAGGAAGAGGUGCUGGACAAGGUGGAGAUCUGGGCACAGAAGUACCAAUACGCUCACCCUGUCUGGUUCGGGAGUUUCUUAGCAUUCCUGAUUGUCACCGAUCCCGACUAUGCCAAGGCUCUGUUGGCCAGAGGAGAUCCCAAGGACAACAUCAGCUAUAAACACCUUGUCCCGUGGAUCGGGAACGGGUUGCUGAUCUUACACGGGCCAAAAUGGCACCAACAUCGAAAACUCCUGACUCCAGGGUUUCAUUACGACAUCUUGAAACCAUACGUGGCCCUGAUGGCAGAGUCUACUAAUGUGAUGCUGGAUAAAUGGGAGCAGCUGAUCACAGACGGGAAACCAGUGGAACUCUUUGAGCAUGUCAGCCUGAUGACUCUCGAUAGCAUCAUGAAAUGUGCCUUCAGUUGUCACAGCAACUGCCAGACCAACAGGAAAAACACCUACAUCCAGGCUGUCUAUGACCUAUGCCUCAUGGUGCACCAGCGCCUCCGCAUCUUCCCCUACCACAAUGACAUCAUUUACUGGCUCAGCCCCCACGGAUAUCGGUUCAGGAAGGUCUGCCAGCUCGCUCAUGACCACACAGACAAGGUGAUCCAUGAGCGAAAGGAGUCCCUUAAAGAUGAACAGGAAUUUGAAAAGAUCCAGAAGAAGAGACAUUUGGACUUCUUGGACAUUCUGCUGUGUGCCAAAGAUGAGAACGGAGCUGGACUGUCCGAUGAGGACCUGCGUGCUGAGGUGGACACGUUCAUGUUUGAGGGCCAUGAUACGACAGCCAGCGGGAUCUCCUGGCUCUUGUACUGCCUGGCAUCACACCCUGAGCACCAGGCACGGUGCCGGGAGGAGAUCCAGGGGAUCCUGGGGCACCGGGAGACACUUCAGUGGGAGGACCUGGGCAAGAUGACUUACAGCACCAUGUGCAUCAGGGAGAGCCUUCGCCUUUACCCACCGGUGCCCGGCGUGUCCCGGCAGCUCAGCAAACCCAUCACCUUCCCCGAUGGACGCACCUUGCCAGAAGGCAGCAUUGCCGCGAUAAGCAUUUAUCUCAUUCACAGAAACCCUGCAGUAUGGAAAGACCCUUUGGUGUUUGACCCUUUGCGGUUUUCCCCAGAGAACAUCUCUGGCAGACACUCUCACGCCUUUCUGCCUUUUUCUGCUGGAAUGAGGAACUGCAUCGGGCAGCAGUUUGCCAUGAACGAGAUGAAGGUGGCGCUGGCUUUGACCCUGCUCCGCUUCGAGCUCUCACCCGACCCCACCAAGCCUCCCUGCAAAAUACCUCAGAUCAUCCUUCGCUCCAAGAAUGGGAUUCACCUGUAUCUAAAGAAAAUCCGCUGA